UUUUACCCCUGAGCUGUGGCGGCCCUUGCCAUUUGUGCGCUGUCCUUAAAUUAGCCUCCAGCAACACACCGCACCGUACCACAACUGCUUUGCAAGUGAGAACCAAAGCGCGCGGCGGAGAAUGGAGAGCGCGGCGCAGUCCGUUCUGGGCAAUGUUGCGCAGCUUCUGGGUGAGGAGUACCAGCUGCUAUCAGGUGUCGGUGGCGAGGUCGUGGAGCUGCGCGACGAUCUGGACACCAUGAACGCGCUGCUCCGCAUGCAGUCGGAGGCUGAAGACGGCGCCGUGGACCACUUCGUCGCCGUGUGGAUGAAGCAGCUCCGCGAGCUCGCCUACGACUCCGAGGACUGCAUCGACCUGUACAGGCUCCGCAUCCAGGCCCAACGACGGCUUCCGAGCCUGGCUCGGGACGCUCUCGCCGCGCCGUCGCCUGGCGUGUGA